AUGCCAAAUUCAAGCAAUGAAACUAAUGAAAACGAAGCACAACACUCUAAAAUGACUCUUCCUGGAAUGCGCUAUCUGUUCACUGCUAUGUGCUUUUUUGGAAUGAGCUUCAUGUUUGCCGCAAGAUGCAGCAUGAGUGUAGCUAUAGUAGCUAUGGUAAAUCAUACAGCAGUCAACAACAAUGUGCAAACACAAGAAUGCCCCAAUCUCAUCCGGCAUCCCGAAAAUAUUAGUGAUCCAAUGUAUAUAAGAGCAAAAGAUGGAGAAUUCAAUUGGCCGCCUUCAAUGCAAGCUCAAGUUCUGGGUUCAUUCUAUUACAUAUUCAGCCUAAUGCAGAUACCUGGUGGCAGAUUCUCUGAGACAUUCAGCGGAAAGUGGGUUUUUUUCAUCGGACUCACGAUCUCUCUGAUACUUACACUACUCAUUCCAUUUUCAGCCUAUAACAGCUUCCAUCUUCUCAUACUGGUCCGAAUGCUGAUGGGUGCAGCGCAGGGUGUUUGUUUUCCUGCAAUAUUUAACCUCAUGGGAUUAUGGUUUCCAAGCACAGAAAAGAGCCUUUUGCAGAAUAUCGUUAUGAGUGGCAUCAAUGUGGGUAUUUUCAUAACAAUGAUAGUCACUGGAUUUCUAUGCAACUCGAAGAUAUUGGGAGGCUGGCCCUCUGUCUUUUAUUUGACUGGAUUGGUUGGGUUGUUAUUUUGCUUGCUCUGGGUCUUCUUGGUAACAGACACACCUAAGGAACAUCCUUUUAUGUCGGAAGAGGAAUUAGAAUAUAUAACGAGCAAUCAAAACGUUAAUCAGGAUUUAGAGCUACCAUCCUUUCCUUGGAAAAGAGCCCUCAAGUCAAGACCUUUGUGGGCAGUUGUGAUUGCGCAAAUUGGAAUUGAUUGGUGCUACUAUACGCUUCUCAAUCAUCUACCCCAGUUCUUUUACGAUAUUUUACAUUUUGAUCUCGAGUCGGUAAGUAAAAUUGUUUGA